ACGAUAAUCAAGUGUAUUGUUAAUGUAGUACACACACUCACACACUUGCACAUCACUGGGCAUAUACCUUCCCUGGCUCGUAGUCAAGGUAGCCAAAUUCAUUCCUUGUUUGUUGCAGAAGGUGACAGUGAUUUGUAGGCGUAGGCGCCGCCUACCUUAUUCCGACAGGAUGCAGAGGCAGCUGAGCAUCUCUUCGAUGCCCAAGCUCCUGCCGGAGGAAGGCGGCCUCGGCGACGACGACGACGACGUCGAGGCGAAGCCCGAGAAGGCGCCGGCCCCGCGGCUGUCGGGGAAGGAGCGGUCCGUGCACCUCAUACCGCUCAUCGUCGUGCUGUGCUUCCUCCUGCUCUUCCUCUGCUCCCACGACCCCUCUCCUUCUGAUAUCUCGAGUUUUGGGAAGAAGGAUGGGAGCGUGAAGGCAAGGUUGCUCUGACAGUGGGAACAACAACUGAACAAGUUAACGAUGCAGCAAGAACAUUCGAGAUAUUUGCCUUUUUAUUUUCCGUUUCUCUCUUCAUCCAAAUCGUGUAUUUGAUGUUUUCACCUCAAAUACGAAGCAUAAACACGGACCUCUAUGGAGCUUGUCCAUGCCAGUAAAAAAAUCCAAAGCACACUGGAAAGUAUCAGAAGUUCAGAACUACUAUGAUCGUCUGAUAACAUUCAGUUCUGUUC